AUGGCUGCUGAAAUCCAGAAGAAGACCUGUGGGCAAAUCAUGGAUGAAUGGAAGGAAUGUAUAUGGAACCCCAGGACUCGGGAGUUUAUGGGCCGGACAGGGACCAGCUGGGCGCUGAUCCUGCUGUUUUACAUGGUGUUUUACGCCUUCCUUACGGCGGUCUUCACGCUCAGCAUGUGGGUGAUGCUACAGACAAUUGAUGAAUAUAAUCCCAAAUACUCGGAUAGACUGGCCAAUCCAGGGCUGAUGAUUCGCCCAAAGCUGGACGCCAUGGAGAUCAUGUACAGUAUGAACACACAGAACGCCAGCUGGCAGAAGUAUGUGGACGGCCUGAACUCCGUGCUCCAAGACUAUAACAGGAGCGUGCAGGAGGAGAGGGGCACAGUGUGCACCAGCGGGUCAUACUUCGCACAGGCUGAUACUGGAGAUGUGCGAAACUACCCAAAGAAAGCGUGCCAGUUUCUAAGAGACAGCCUGGGAGAUUGCUCCGGGAAUAAUGACCCAACGUACGGAUAUUCCAGUGGAACGCCAUGUGUACUCAUAAAGAUGAACAAGGUGAUAAAUUUCCUUCCAGUUCCAGUAAAGGAGAACUCUAACAGCUCCGUGACCAUCAGUUGUGCGGGGAAGAAGCUAAAAAGUGCAUUAAAUGAGACGAAUGAUGACUUGGACCUUCUCCUGGGCACCAUGCGCUACUUCCCCAGUCUGAGUGGUAACAAUCUGGGGACCAUCGACCUCAUGUAUUUUCCAUAUUAUGGGAACAGAGCUCAGAAGAACUACACACAACCAUUUGUGGCUGUAAAGUUUCUCAACGCAACUCGUAACGUGGAUCAUAACGUGGAAUGUCGUAUCCGAGCCGCCAAUAUCAACAACCAGUCUGACCGGGACAAGUUCCAAGGGCGAGUGAUCUUCACACUGAGGAUCGACUCCUAG